AUCACAAACGUUAAACGUCAUAAUAACCGUUGUAACGCUAACAAUAAAACCUAAAUGUCGCUCCCUCGAAAAGUAAUCGUGCUUUUUAACUGGAUCUGAAAUAUAUUUCGUCGCCGUCUUUCGUUUAAUACGGAUCUCAAAUAAGCGGCUGAUGGUUCCAUGUAUUGUUCGUUUACAAUAGAGCGACGUCGAUAAAAUGUGAAAGAUCCUCGGCCGAGAUUGAAUCCGAACGAUCCGACUGUACGUGGAGUGCGAGGACUUUAUAGUUAACUACUGUAGUAUGGAUUGGUGUAAUGAAACUUUGGAAAGAAAGGUUAAAUUAAAAGUUAGUGAGUUCAAUUCUCACGUAAAAAUAAUUUUCUCACAUUUUUCCUGGUUUGAUUUUAAAAGCUUUAACAGGUUUUAGACUUUCGGUGGAGAUUGUAAUGUGCUCACCGUUUGCCUGGUUGUAUCGGGAGAUGGCCAAGAACAACAGAAAUUCUCAAGCACCCACUUUAUAGUCCUAACGUCAGCAAAAGGACCGGGACAUUAAAUACCUGGGUGCGACAAAACAGAUUCAAUUUGUGAUUUCAAUUCUGCCAGUCACUUGCCUAGCUUAGCACCCUUUGGAAAAUAGAUUUUAAAUAAAGUUAGUAAAAAAUAUGCAAGGCCAAAGUAAAGCAAAUAUUUGUUCAGUUUUCUAGAUUGCAUUUUAAAUUAUUUAUUUUAUUUAGUCCUUGGUUUAGUUUAAUCGUUAUGGCAACCGCCGUUGCGCCGAUAAUGUUGACUGAAUGUUCUGAUAAUCAACCUACGUCAUCUAACAUUACGUCAUCAAAUAUUAUGCACGAUCACGCGACCCCUGAUGUGACGUCACAAUGCCAUCUCGCCACCAACAUAACUUCAUUCGAAGAAGCAAAAAAUGUUGAUGAUGUCAAACAACUGCUUCACAUCACCAGCUACACACCAACAAUAUGUACUUACAACUACGAAAGUGGAACGUCAAACAGACCAAGUCAACUGUUGGAACUAACUUCGAGCAGUUUUAAUGAAACGAAGAGACUUGACACGUCCGUUGAUGAAAUGUCUUCAGAUAAUCAUCAGAUGGAUCAGAAACGAGCCCACAAUUAUUCAGCCGCACAUCAUACAACAACGUACCAAGAUUACCAAACAUUCACUAACCAUUGUAUGAACGGAUAUCAACCAUUUAUACCAAAUCUGUCGUACUGUAAUGCUUAUAACUUUGGACGGGAUCCAAGUUUCGAUCCGUUUGAUGACUUUGGAAUAUUUCGGCCCACUGGAGAUCCGAGCAACUUACCCACUCGCACAGGAUGCUUCACCCGAACCUCACUCAGCGUUGCUGAUGACAACCAGGGUGAUGGAAAGAUUGAAACUAUUUCCGACCCCGGGGUUUCUAUCCUCCCCUGUAUAAAAUUACCGCCGUUAAUGUUGACAUCGAGCAGCGCCGAGAACUCGGCGGAAAAUGAAGAAGCCGUGUCCGGCGUAGACUGCAGCGCACCCCCGAAACAAGGAAACGAUUUAAGUCAACAGCAGAUACACGGAGUUCACCAUUCAUCCCCACACAUUCAUGCAAAGAAUCCAUCCAACCAGCGCAUACCGCAUGAUCAACCAGCAAGCUUUAGUUCCAACCAUCGUUACAGUCAUUACCCGAUCCAACCUGGCCACUUUGAGCAAGGCAACCCACACAGCUACCUAGACCGACAAUAUCCGAACCCAUCUUCGUACGCACCACCUGUAGUUAAGGAUGCUUCCCGCAACCAGCAGCCUUUUCAUAGCACCCCGACCUGUGAACCUCCUCGCUCUGAAGUUGCUUUCACACCAUGCAAUCCAACAUACGAUGAACUGCAGCGUAAGGACGAGGCCACACAGCAGUUCACCGACAUCGGACGCACCGAUUUACAAACACCAGCCGAGGUGGAACAAACUUUACUGGAAAUCGAUGACAAGGUUGACUUGGCUGAAAGUGACGAAACUGUGACGAAACUAAGCGAGUGUAGCGUUGAUGAUGUCACCGCUGUUGAUGACGAAAGUUUGGAUGAAAAGAAUCGAGAGAAUGUGAAAACUACAAUGGAUUGUGACGUCAUAACAACAACAAGUUCAGGGCGACGUCGAAAGCGACCCAUUCAACGAGGGAAACCACCUUAUAGUUACAUUGCGUUGAUAUCCAUGGCAAUAGCAAGCUCACCAGAACGUAAACUCACGCUCGGUCAUAUUUACAAGUUUAUUAUGGAACGAUUUCCAUUCUACCGUGAGCAGAAUAAGAAGUGGCAAAACUCGAUUCGGCACAACUUGACUCUCAAUGAUUGCUUCAUUAAACUACCAAGAGAACCAGGGAAGCCGGGGAAAGGAAAUUAUUGGACCCUUGACCCAGCGGCUGAGGAUAUGUUUGACAAUGGUUCAUUUCUACGUCGUCGAAAGAGGUUUAAACGAUCUGAUACCGAAAAAGCUUUUUUGAGUUCCUACAUGCACGACCAGAGCGCUUUCACACCGACCAAUGCUUUAAAGCAAUAUAGCACACACCCUCAUACACCUUCUAAUGCUUACUAUGGCCAACCAGGGGUUGUUGGAGGUAAUUACUUGCAACCGAUUAUGCACCCUGGUAGUGCUGGAGCACCGGUCCAUCAGAUGAUGGGGCAUUACGGUGCUCCCAUGACGGUGUCACCGAAUGUUACAAAUGCGAGGAUGUUUAGUAUUGAAAAUAUCAUCGGCCACCCACGGCCAAACGAAAACCUUCCACCAGAGGUUUCUGAAUAUUCAGACAAUAUGCGACACGAUGGUUUAAACUCAGAGCGAGAUUUGCUUGAUAGAGAAGGAACAAACAAUGUCGACCGCAGUUUACAAGCAAACACAUCAUCUCAAAGCCAACCGAGCCCUUCAUCAGGUUUAUACGGCGCAAUGACGUCACCAAGCGUACGUGGUAUCAUCUGUAACAAUGAAAGUGUUUCAACAUGUUACGCUUACCACACCCCUACCACCACCAACCCGCAUUGUUAUACCGGAAGUACUGGUAGUCCAUACGGCGUCACAUCAAAUCAAAGAUUGACGUCACUUCCUAUUAAACCAAGCUACCAUAGUGCAUUUGCUAACCCGGUACAUCAUUACCAUUCUGACGUCACAAAUAUGACGUCAUUGUCUACAGACUUUACGUCACUUCAGACACCGGGCCAGUUUAACAGUUUACCAAGCAGUACAUACAGACGACCACCCGCUAACUAUGGUGGAUUUGAUAAAUACAUCCACACAAUAUAGACAACCGUAGAUUAUUUUUGCAAACAUUCCGAUGCAACGUUUCGGUGAACGACGUCACUUAUUUCUAAUGGUGUGAACACCGCUUCGUUUUUAAAGACACUAACGAUUUCAACUUAUUAUGUCGUAAUACAUGGUUACGGCCUGAACGCACAAUAUAUGUUAGUUGCUUAACUAACUUGUCGAAAACAAACGAAUCACGCAACGUACUAUUCAGUUAUUUCAAUAUUUUGGACAUGAUCGAAAUAUCACAAUCGCCGCCAUUUUGUUUGUUCGGUCGAUAUUUUCGGAUAACUGUUUUGCCAAAACUAUUAUCACAUAUCUUUUAAAUUAAAUAUACUUGUAACAAAAAUAAUAGUUACUUUUAAAUUUUGAAGUUUUGUAAAGAGUUGAACAUUCUACAAAUUAGAAAUUUCAUUUUUUAACUUUUUUUUCCAAGGCUCCAGUUAAUGCAACGUGUUAUUUGUAUCGACGGUAGAA